AUGAAAAAAAAAAAGUAGUCGGUUUUGCAGCAAUCUUUAGCAGGCGGGAAAGGAGUUAAAUGAAGUGGUCUUGGCUGCUCGGAGUGAAGAUUGCCCAGGACCUAUGCAGGAGUAGAAACGUGAACACAGGUACAUGUGACAGUGCUGCAGCGAUGAGUGGAAUUUUAAAGAGGAAGUUUGAAGAAGUCGAUGGCUCCUCACCCUGUUCCUCCGUUCGGGAAUCAGAUGAUGAAGUUUCUAGUAGUGAAAGUGCAGACAGUGGGGACAGUGUCAAUCCAUCCACUUCUAAUCAUUUUACCCCUUCCUCAAUCCUGAAACGAGAAAAGCGGCUGAGGACGAAGAAUGUUCAUUUUAGCUGCGUUACCGUUUACUACUUCACAAGGAGACAAGGUUUCACUAGUGUUCCCAGUCAAGGAGGAAGCACAUUGGGCAUGUCCAGCCGCCAUAACAGUGUGCGCCAAUAUACCCUUGGUGAAUUUGCGAUGGAACAGGAGAGGCUCCAUAGAGAGAUGUUAAGAGAGCACCUCAGGGAGGAAAAACUUAACUCUUUAAAGCUGAAGAUGACUAAGAAUGGUACCGUGGAAUCCGAAGAAGCCAGCACUCUUACAUUAGAUGACAUUUCGGAUGAUGAUAUUGAUUUAGACAACACAGAGGUAGACGAAUACUUCUUCCUGCAACCCCUGCCAACAAAGAAACGAAGGGCGCUGCUUCGAGCCUCCGGAGUGAAAAAGAUUGAUGUGGAAGAAAAACAUGAGCUGCGGGCCAUCCGCCUAUCAAGAGAGGAUUGUGGCUGCGACUGUAGAGUAUUCUGUGAUCCGGAAAUUUGUACUUGCAGCCUCGCGGGUAUCAAGUGCCAGGUGGAUCGGAUGUCUUUCCCAUGUGGUUGCACUAAAGAGGGAUGUAGUAAUACAGCAGGUAGGAUUGAAUUUAAUCCUAUCCGAGUCCGGACUCACUUUUUGCACACAAUAAUGAAACUCGAACUGGAGAAAAACCGAGAGCAGCAAAUUCCCACGUUGAAUGGCUGCCACAGUGAGAUAAAUGCUCACACUAGUUCUAUGGGCCCUGCUGGCCACCCUGUGGAAUAUUCGAUUGCAGAGAAUUUUGAGAUUGAAACAGAACCCCAAACAACAGUGAUGCAUUUGCAGUCGGCAGAGGAGUUAGAUUGCCAAGGGGAAGAUGAAGAAGAGGAAGAAGACGGGAGUAGCUUUUGUAGUGGAGUUACAGAUUCCAGCACACAAAGUCUAGCACCAAGUGAAUCAGAUGAAGAGGAAGAGGAGGAAGAAGAAGAGGAGGAAGAUGAGGAAGAUGAGAAAGGAGAUCAUUUUGUGGAAGGUCUGGGCACCCAUGCUGAAGUUGUGCCUCUUCCUUCAGUUCUCUGCUACUCCGAUGGCACUACUGUACAUGAAAGCCACUCUAAGAAUGCCUCUUUUUACACUAGCUCCUCAACUUUAUAUUACCAAAUAGACAACCAUGCCCCAGGCACCACAAAUCAAAUUCCUGAGAACUAUUCUGAAAGAGAAACUGUUAAAAAUGGUACCCUUUCUCUGGUGCCUUACAGCAUGACAUCAGAACAGUUUGUUGACUAUGCCCGACAAACAGAAGAGAGCUAUGGUAGCUCCCAUUACCCAUCUGCAAACCCCUCUGUAAUAGUCUGCUGCUCUUCGUCAGAAAAUGAUAGCCAUGUGCCAUGUACUAGCUUAUAUCCUGAACACAGGCCAAACCACCCUCAAGUGGAAUUUCACUCUUAUUUGAAAGGUCCCUCCCCAGAGAGAUAUGUUUCUGCUUUGAAUGGUGACAGUCACAUAGUUGAGCAUCCUGCUGAAAAUUCCUUAAGCCUUUCGGAAAAGAGCAGAUUGCACGAAGAAUGCAUCAAGUCAUCAGUGAUUGAGACCGUCCCUGUGUAGCAGGUUAAGUUGUCCCAAAAUCACCUUCCUAUAUUUAAAUACACUGUAAUUUAAUUGGAUUUCCUAGUCUCAGCAUUGUUUUAAACUGUGGACCAAGAAAAGGACUGUAGUUAACGUUCCAGAUGCUU